AUGGUCGCCAACUCUGCCUCCGUCGCUGCGCCCGUCGCGCCUGCCGCGCCCGGUGCAGAACCGAAGAAGCUGGAGAAGAAGCCCGUCAAGUUUUCCAACUUGCUGCUGGGCGCCGGUCUCAACAUGUUCGAGGUCACCACCCUGGGCCAGCCUCUCGAGGUCACCAAGACCACCAUGGCCGCCCACCGCGGUGAUGGGUUCCUGACUGCUCUUGGGCGCAUCUGGGGCCGAGGCGGCGUUCUGGGAUUCUACCAAGGUCUCAUUCCUUGGGCCUGGAUCGAAGCCUCGACCAAGGGAGCGGUGCUCCUUUUCGUUGCCUCCGAAGCCGAAUACUAUGCGCGAAGCUUCGGCGCCUCUGAAUUCGGCGGUGGCAUCAUCGGUGGUGUCACCGGAGGUGUCGCCCAGGCCUACGCCACCAUGGGUUUCUGCACCUGCAUGAAGACGGUCGAGAUCACCAAGCACAAGCUCGCCGCCGCUGGCCAGAAGCCCCCCACCACGCUCGAGACCUUCAUGGGCAUCUGGCGCAAGGAGGGUAUCCGCGGCAUCAACAAGGGCGUCAACGCCGUCGCCAUCCGCCAGAUGACCAACUGGGGUAGCCGAUUCGGUUUCAGCCGUCUCGUCGAGCAGGGCAUCCGCAAGGUCACCGGCAAGGACGAAAAGGAGAAGCUCGCCGCCUGGGAGAAGAUUGUCGCUUCUGCCGUCGGCGGUGGUAUCAGCACCUGGAACCAGCCCAUCGAGGUCAUUCGCGUCGAGAUGCAGAGCAAGACUGACGAUCCCAACCGACCUAAGAAGAUGACUGUCGGUAACACUUUCAAGUACAUUUAUCAGAACAACGGUAUCAAGGGUCUGUAUCGUGGCGUUACUCCUCGCAUUGGUCUUGGCGUUUGGCAGACGGUUUGCAUGGUUGCUAUGGGUGACAUGGCCAAGAGUUAUAUAGAGACUUUGACCGGUGAGAAGGUCACGGCUAAGCAUUAA